AUGGCCGCUGCCCGGAGGUUGGAGAUGCGAGGGAUGGCCGCUGCCCGGUCCUCUUCCGAUCCCAUCGCCCGAUCCUCUUCCUUCCCCGCAGUCUCCGAUCCGCCCGGCUUCACCAAAUCCACCCCUCCCCACGCAACAGCCACCGACCGUGUUCACCGCCCCCACCUCCCCGCCUGGCGUCCGUGUUGCUCGCCGCCCUGGAAGGGACGCGUCCACAAGAGGCAAGGCCGUGCCCCCGCCCGCCCCCGCGCAACCGCCGCGGCGCUCGACGUGUGGACGUCCGAGCCGGCGCCCGUGCAGGAGCGGCGCCGGAAGCUGCUCCAAAUGCUGGGGCUCGCCGGGGACCCCGCCCUGGCUCGCCUCGAGAUGGGCCGAUCGGUCUCCUACGACGACGGGCCUGUGCCCGUCCGCCCGACGCCGGCCUCGCCGCCCAUCUCCCGAUCUAGAUCAGACGGCGGCGCCGUGCCAGCCUUGGCGACCAAGCCGCCGCUGGGAGGGCGGUCGCCGGGCUCCUCCGAGGCCACGCCCGAAGGGGAGGAGGAGGAGGAGGCCGACCCGAGGUGUCUGAUCCGGAACCUCGACGACGGCAGCGAGUUCGUGGUCAAGGAGGGGUCUGAGCUCCGCGAGGUCGGCACGGGCCGGCAGCUCACCAUGAAGGAGUUCGUUGACCUCUGCGUCGGCCACUCGCCUAUCGUCCAGGAGCUCAUGCGGCGCGAGAACGUUGCGAGCUCCGGCUCGUCCACCCCCGUCCAGCGCUCCAAUUCCGACUCCAGCAACGGAGCGACGCGCCACCGGCGGCGGCGGCUGCAUAGCAGCUGGCUUCGGGGCAUCCAGAACGUCGCCGGCUCCGUGGUGGCCAGCUCCCGCGACUGCCGCAGCAGCGACGACAAGGACACGUGCUCGGAGAAAGGCGGGCGCCGGUCCAGCUCGGCCACAGACGACAGCCAGGACAGCGCUGGAGCCGUGCGCCACGGCCCGGUGCGCGUUAAGGUGAGGCAGUAUGGCAAGUCGUACAAGGAGUUCAGUGGCCUAUUCAUGAACCAGGAGAUUCAGGCUCACGAUGGCUCCAUCUGGAGCAUCAGGUUUAGUCCAGAUGGCCGGUACCUCGCGAGUGCUGGGGAAGACUGCGUGAUCCAUGUCUGGGAAGUGUCAGAGUUCGAUAGGAAACACGAGGAGAACGGAGCGUGCAAUCCUUUUGUUGCGAUGGUGUGCAACGGUUCGCCGGAGCCAACAUUAGCCGUGGCCAGCAGUGUGUAUGGGAGCAAUCGUGAGAAGAAGCGUUGGGCAAGGUUCUUGGAGGGCCGUAGGUCUGUGAGCUCAGACCGGCUAAUGCUGCCAGAGCAUGUGUUUGCGCUGUCAGAAAAACCGAUUCGGACCUUCAUGGGGCACUCAGAAGAUGUGCCUCAUGACCAAUUUAGUUUGCUGUGAAUUUGACGUGUGGGGUCCAAUUUAAU